GGGACGCGGUGUCAUCCGGCCGCUGCCGCACGGAGCGCGGCGGGGCCGCGGCGCCCGGGACACGUGAGGGCCGGGAAAGCCACCGGCACCGGCAGCGAACAGGCGCUCGGUGGCCAUGGCCGGGAACAGCCUGGUGCUGCCCAUCGUGCUGUGGGGCCGGCGUGCCCCCACCCACUGCGUGUCCUCCCUGCUGCUCGUGGAUGGCUCCGUCAUCGUCACCGGCUGCCACGACGGGCAGAUCUGCCUCUGGGACCUGGCUCCUGACCUGCAGAUCAAUCCCAGAGCUCUGCUCUUUGGUCAUACAGCCUCAGUUACUUGUUUGUCCAAGGCCUCAGCUUCCAGUGAAAAGCAAUAUAUAGUGAGUGCAUCAGAGAGUGGCGAGAUGUGCCUGUGGGAUGUGAACGACGGGCGCUGCAUCGAGUUCACCAAGCUGGCCUGCGCGCACACGGGCAUCCAGUUCUAUCAGUUCACAGUCGGCACGCAGCGCGAAGGGAGGCUCCUGUGCCACGGGCACUAUCCUGAAAUUCUGGUCGUGGAUGCUACCAGCCUGGAGGUUCUUUACUCUCUGAUAUCCAAGAUCUCUCCUGACUGGAUCAGCUCCAUGGCCAUCAUCCGCUCCAACAGGACACAAGAGGACACUGUCGUGGCUGUGUCCGUGACUGGCAUCCUGAAAGUCUGGAUCAUCACCUCGGAAGUCAGUCGGAUGCAGGACACCGCCCCGGUGUUCGAGGAGGAGUCCAAGCCCAUCUACUGCGAGAACUGCCAGAGCAUUUCCUUCUGCGCCUUCACGCAGCGCUCGCUCCUCGUCGUGUGCUCCAAGUACUGGAGGGUCUUUGAUGCUGGAGAUUAUUCCCUCUUAUGUUCAGUGCCCAGUGAAAAUGAGCAGACCUGGACUGGUGGGGACUUUGUGGCAGCUGAUAAAGUGAUUGUAUGGACAGAGGAUGGACAAAGUUUCAUCUAUAAAUUACCAGCCAGCUGCCUCCCAGCCAGCGAUUCGUUCCGCAGGGACGUGGGGAAGGCGGUGGAGAACUCCAUUCCACCUUUGCUGUACAGCGUGUUGGACAGAGCAGAGAAACAGCUCCUAAUAUGUCCUCCAGUGACUCGCUUCUUCUGUGGCCAGAGAGAGUUUUCCUACAGGCUCCUAAUCCAGGGGGACUCCUCGGGGAGGCUGUGCAUUUGGAGCGUGCCCGACGCCCUUGACCAGCAGGAGGGUGCAAAAGGCCUGCAGACAACCACGUCCAGGUCGCUGCAGGAGGCCUUUGACCAGCUGAGCCCGCGGCCCGCGGGGAUCAUCGACCAGCUGAGCAUGGUGGCCAACGCCAGCGAGCCGCUGCGCGUCACCGCCAGCGUCUACAUGCCGGCCCACGGGCGCCUGGUGUGCGGCCGCGAGGACGGCAGCAUCGUCAUCGUGCCGGCCACGCAGACCGCCAUCGUGCAGCUGCUGCAGGGCGAGCACAUGCUGCGCCGAGGCUGGCCCCCGCACCGGACGCUCCGUGGGCACCGGAACAAGGUGACGUGUCUGCUGUACCCUCACCAGGUGUCCUCCCGCUACGACCAGAGGUACCUGAUCUCAGGCGGGGUGGAUUUCUCCGUCAUCAUCUGGGAUAUCUUCUCGGGAGAGAUGAAACAUAUCUUCUGUGUCCACGGCGGAGAAAUCACCCAGCUGCUCGUUCCACCGGAAAACUGCAGUGCCAGAGUCCAGCACUGUGUUUGCUCUGUUGCCAGUGAUCACUCCGUGGGUCUGCUGAGUCUGAGGGAGAAGAAGUGCAUCAUGCUGGCAUCCCGCCACCUGUUCCCAAUCCAGGUGAUCAAGUGGAGGCCGUCCGAUGACUACCUGGUGGUGGGCUGCUCCGACGGCUCCGUCUACGUCUGGCAGAUGGACACCGGGGCGCUGGACCGCUGCGUGAUGGGCAUCACGGCCGUGGAGAUCCUCAGCGCCUGCGACGAGGCCGUGCCGGCCGCCGUGGACGCGCUCAGCCACCCCGCCGUCAACCUGAAGCAGGCCAUGACCCGCCGCAGCCUGGCCGCCCUCAAGAACGUGGCCCACCAGAAGCUGCAGACCCUGGCCACCAACCUGCUGGCCUCCGAGGCCUCGGACAAGGGGAACUUACCCAAAUACUCCCACAACUCCCUGAUGGUUCAGGCCAUCAAGACGAACCUGACGGACCCGGACAUCCACGUGCUGUUCUUCGACGUGGAGGCGCUGAUCAUCCAGCUGCUGACGGAGGAGGCGGCGCGGCCCAGCGCGGCGCCGGUGUCCCCGGAGAGCCUGCGGAAAGCGCCCGGCGGCGCCGACAAGGGCGGCUCCUUCCUCGCCGGCAAGCGCGCCGCCGUGCUCUUCCAGCAGGUCAAGGAAACCAUCAAGGAGAACAUCAAGGAGCACCUCCUGGACGACGAGGACGAGGAUGAAGAAGCCACGAGGCAGAGGAGAGAAGAGGGAGACCCGGAAUAUCGUUCCAGCAAAUCCAAGCAGCUGACCCUGCUGGAGUACAACCUCACCAUGGACACGGCCAAGCUCUUCAUGUCCUGCCUGCACGCCUGGGGCCUGAACUCGGUGCUGGACGAGCUCUGCCUGGACCGCCUGGGCAUGCUGAAGCCUCACUGCUCCGUGUCCUUCGGCCUCCUGUCGCGGGGCGGCCACAUGUCCCUGAUGCUGCCCGGCUACAACCAGCCCGUGGGCAGGGCGGCCCUGCAGGAGCUGGGCAGGAAGAUGUCGGUGACGGAGGGCCUGGGGAAGGGCACCUACGGCGUGUCACGGGCCGUCACCACGCAGCACCUGCUGUCCGUCAUCUCGCUGGCCAACACGCUGAUGAGCAUGACCAACGCCACCUUCAUCGGGGAGCACAUGAAGAAAGGCCCCGCCAGGCCACCCAGGCCGGGCACCCCCGAGAUGGCCAAGGUGAAGCCGGCCCCUCCCGUGUCCAGCCACGCAGCGCAAGGGCAAAUCAAACAAGGCUGGAGCCAGCUGGCUGCCAUGCACUGCGUGAUGCUGCCCGACCUGCUGGGGCUGGAGAAGUUCCGGCCGCCGCUGCUGGAGAUGCUGGCCCGAAGGUGGCAGGACCGCUGCCUGGAGGUGCGGGAGGCGGCGCAGGCGCUGCUGCUGGCCGAGCUGCGCAGGAUCGAGCAGGCGGGCCGCAAGGAGACCAUCGACACCUGGGCCCCCUACCUGCCCCAGUACAUGGACAGCGUCAUCUCCCCUGGAGUGACCACAGAAGCCCUUCAGAGCUCGAGUGCCACCCCAGAUCCCUCAGGAGCAGAAGCCAAAGCCCAGGAGGAGGAGCACGACCUGGCUGACGAUGACAUCGCAGCGGGCUGCCUGGCGGGGCUGCCCCAGCCCAAGAAGGUGUCCACGUCCUACGAGGAGCGGCGCAAGCAGGCCACGGCCAUCGUGCUGCUGGGCGUCAUCGGCGCCGAGUUCGGCGCUGAGAUCGAGCCGCCCAAGCUGCUGACGCGGCCCCGCAGCUCCAGCCAGAUCCCCGAGGGCUUCGGCCUCACCAGCGGGGGAUCCAACUACUCCCUGGCCAGGCACACGUGCAAGGCGCUGACGUUCCUGCUGCUGCAGCCGCCCAGCGCGCGGCUCCCGGCGCACAGCACCAUCCGCCGCACCGCCAUCGACCUCAUCGGCCGCGGCUUCACCGUCUGGGAGCCCUACAUGGACGUGUCGGCCGUGCUCAUGGGGCUGCUGGAGCUCUGCGCCGACGCCGAGAAGCAGCUGGCCAACAUCACAAUGGGGCUGCCCCUGAGCCCGGCGGCCGACUCGGCGCGCUCGGCUCGCCACGCGCUGUCGCUGAUCGCCACCGCCCGCCCGCCCGCCUUCAUCACCACCAUCGCCAAGGAGGUGCACAGGCACACGGCGCUGGCGGCCAACACGCAGUCGCAGCAGAACAUCCACACCAGCACACUGGCCCGCGCCAAGGGCGAGAUCCUGCGCGUCAUCGAGAUCCUCAUCGACAAGAUGCCCGCCGACGUGGUGGACCUGCUGGUGGAGGUGAUGGACAUCAUCAUGUACUGCCUGGAAGGAUCUUUAGUUAAGAAAAAGGGUCUUCAGGAAUGUUUUCCAGCCAUCUGCAGGUUCUACAUGGUGAGUUACUACGAGCGCAGCCACCGCGUCGCCGUGGGAGCGCGCCACGGCUCCGUGGCGCUCUACGACAUCCGCACGGGCAAGUGCCAGACCAUCCACGGCCACAAGGGACCCAUCACCGCCGUGGCGUUCGCCCCCGACGGCCGCUACCUGGCCACCUACUCCAACUCGGACAGCCACCUGUGCUUCUGGCAGAUGAACACCUCUCUCCUGGGCAGCAUCGGCAUGCUCAACUCCGCUCCCCAGCUGCGCUGCGUCAAGACCUACCAGGUACCCCCGGUGCAGCCGGCCUCGCCCGGCUCGCACACCGCGCUGCGCCUGGCGCGCCUCAUCUGGACCUCCAACCGCAACAUCAUCCUCAUGGCCCACGACGGCAAGGAGCACCGCUUCAUGGUCUAGGUGAGCCCGGCACGGCCCUGCCUGCCUGCCCGGGGCCGCUGAGGCUCCUCCCGCCCGGAUGUCACCCGAAAUGUUGCCUCCCAAAACGUUGUCGGUGUUUACGCGGGGUGCCGCCGGAAAUGGGGAUGGGGUUUGGGGGCCGCGCUGAUCCCAAAGGGUGAAGGGAUUGGAAGUGCUGCCGUGCCCACGCCGGAAGGAAAAAUGUGUAAAUAAAUAAUUUAAAAAUCAUGUUAAACGGCAGGCUUGGAAAAAAAAAACAGUGUUUGUAUAGAAAGGUGGUUUUUGCCGCCGGUGCGGGUAUUUAUUUAAAUAAAGGACAAAGGGGGACGUUUUGAAUGGAAAAAUGAUCAAAAUGAUGGAGAAAAAAAAAAAAGAAUUCUUGACUGGAUGUAUUGAAAUAUUUCCUUCGGUAGGAACAUUCCUGUGUGACACUCGCUGUGACUGUGUUUCCUUCUUACAUAUCUGGUUUGUGGAAUAUUUUGUGUGAAAUUUUCUGGUUUCUGCUCAUGGGAAAGAGAAAAAAAAAAAUCUCUCAAAUCCUUUUAUUUCAAUAUCUCUGUUUGUGCAGCUUUUCCUUGGCUGCAGAGCUCGGACCUGAGGCUGGCACUACCUGCUAAGCUAAAAAUGCUACUUGUUCCAAAAAUGAAGGAAUUCAUUUCUCCCCUGGCUCCAAAAGAGAAAAGAAAUGUCUUUUACUCCUCUUUGGGUUACCUGUGUGGUGCCCAGGUGGGAUUUGCUCGAAGCAGGGGGCUCAGAGCCCGAGGAGCCGGGGCUGCUCCCGGUGCCACCGCGCUGCUGCCAGCUCGGCCUCGUCCCCGUGUCCCACCCGGUGACACCUGGGUGACACGGGGUGACGAAGUCACCGUGUGAUGUUCCAGUGUCUGCUUCUCCACAAAUCUGCUCCCCGCCCUCUGUGGAUUCAAGUUCCUGGUGUAAAUACGUGCUUGCGGAAUAAAACCGGACCGAAACGCGU